AUGGCAGCAGCAUCGUCAGCGGCGUCGCUGUGGUGGGGGACGUAUCCGGCCAAGGGGCUGGGGACGCCCACGGGUCAGGGCGAGGGGCUGUGGCGGCAGGACCCCGUGACGGGGGAGGCGGAGCAGGUGCUCACGGUACCGGCGGCUUCUUUUAUGGUGGCGCAUCCAACGCUGCCGUUGCUUUACGCCGUUUGCGAGACGGAGGCGUCCAGCGUGAUCGUGGUGGACGUGAGCGAUGCCACGGCGCCAAAGGUCGCGGGGACGUGUCCGACGGGCGGAGCCUUUGCCUGCCACGUCUUGCUGAGCCCCGGUUUGGAUGCGCUGUACGUGAGCCACUACGGGACCGGUGAGCUGGCCGUCGUGCCACUGGUGGCAGCGACGGGGGCGCUGGCGACCGAGGAAGGACCGAGCCAAUUGCUGGGUCACCAGGGCUCCGGCCCUCGCACCGAUCGUCAAGAGGGACCACAUGCACACUCUGCAACCCUGAUCCCCGGUGGCACCCAUGUGCUCGUGGCAGACCUGGGCACGGAUCAGUUGCGGCGUUACAAACUGGACGCCGCGGGCAGGCUGACGGCCACGGGCGUGGCCAUCCAGCUUGCGGGCGGUGCGGGACCACGCCAUGUGGCCGUGCAAGGCAACCUCUUGUACGUCACCUGUGAACUGGAUCACCAACUGCGGGUCUUGCGCUGGGAUGCGGCCACGGCCACGGCCACGGAGCUCCAUGCCGUGCCCAGCACUCGCGUGCCUUCGCGGACAAGCGAGGAGCCCUUUGAUGGUCACCUCUUGCUGAUCAACGAUGGGCGCACCUUGCUUGUGGCCGUCCGUGGCCCCGAUGUGGUGGCCAUCUUUGACGUUGACCCGGCCAACGAGGCUGCGGCGCCCCAAUACCGAGGCAGCUUUGAUGUGGGUCACUGGCCGCGGUACUUUGCCCUGAUUGGUGACCGCCUGCACGUGGCCGCUGAACGUGGUCACACCGUGUAUGCCUUUGCCCUUGCCGACAUUCUUGCGCUCGGCGCCUCCAACGCGCCCCCAGACAACAAGGCCAGCCAGCUGCCGCGCACCUCCACCCCCAUCACCAGUCCGGCCUGCGUCGUUGCCCGCUAG